AUGAGGAACGAUAAAUCCCUGAAACGUGGAGAAUCUGACUAUUGCAUGGCCGGUGAUAUUUCUGUAUACAAAUGGAAGGAUCGAGGUACCAAACCAGUCCUACUUGCUAGCAAUUUUCACGAUCCAAGGGAAGAAACAACUGUUCUUAGAACGAAUGCCCAAGGGAAUCGCGAGGAAGUUAUUUGUCCAAGUGCGGUAUCAGAUUAUAAUAAAUAUAUGCUGGGUGUGGACAAGUUUGAUCAGCUCAUGUCUCCAUAUAAUGUCUCUUGGAAAAGCAGGCGAUGGUGGAUGAAACUUUUAACUUUGUUUUUGAUGCCUCAGUUGUAA